AUGUCAGAAAUGAUGUCAAUUCCCCAAAAUCAGCUCUUUAUCUUCUUACCAUUAAGGGACGAAACCGUUUCAUUUACCCCUUGGAGGAGAAACUCUGUAGAGCAUAUGCUGCUUGCUGCAUGUCAGACAAAAUGA